CUAUUUCGUCGACAAGGCAAUGUAAACAACAUGGCCUCCAAGAUUUGCUUCUGCUUCUGCCAGAUAAUUUGCUCUCUGCUUUCUCGUUAUCCGACGUCUGAUGGUAGUAGAAUGAAUCACAUGUUUAUCGCAUAGGAUAUAAUUCCUGCCAAGAUGUCUAUGUACAGUACCAGACCAACCACAAUAAGAAGUGGCAUUACUUUGAAGCCAAAAUAUAAUGUCCAACACUGUUCAGAUAAACACACAGAAGAACAGAAAGAUAUAGUGAGAAAUGCUCAGGCAGAACUACAUACGAUUAUUACAGCAUUGGAAGUAGUGAAGUCAGAUCAAGAGGUUGACCGACUUAGAGAGGACUGCGUGAAAAUCAAAGAAAAAGUAGAUAAAGCUUUGUUGACCUUGAAAAUCUUGUAUAAGAUAAAUGCUGAGUUACAGUAUGCCAGAGCAGAUGUCAGGAAUGGAGAAGGGGAGCUAAUCACUAUUGCUCGUAAACGUGUAAAAUGGUUAGAGGAUCGUAUGGCCACGCUAUGUGGUAAAAAUAAGCGUCAGGCUUUCAAAGUUUUGGAUGUGACUAUUGGUCAAACUGGACUAAGACAAUCUCAUAAAACAUACACAACAGCUGUAACGUUUCGAUCAGACAGUGAGGACUUUAGUGAACAGAGACUCCCUCCCAUUAGCCAGAGACCAGGUUAUUCUGAUGAUGAAGGACCUAGUUCACUGUAUACACCAUCUAUCAGUGGAUCAGAAGAUUUACAGGAACUACAGAGAGGGCAGAGAGGGAUGAUGGACACACCUAUGUCAGAGGCCUCAUCAGAAGUACCUACUACUACAGCUUACAAACAAGUGGAGGAAGAAUCAGAUGAAUCUGAUAUAGAAUCCAGUACAAAGAAAGGAUCCAGUACUAGUUCUUCUGAGAGAAAAGAUACCAGUUCAGGACAGUCUGAAGCUGGGGACCAGUUAGGUGAACUGCCUUCUGUAUUCCAGAAGAAAGAAUUUAUACAGACAAGUUCUCCCCAACCAAUUGUUAUAACAGCUACAGUUCAGGAAGAAGAUGAGGAUGAAGAAGAGGAUGAAGAUGAGGAGGAAGAAAAAGAGGAUGAUGAUAAAGCUCAAGGUCAAGAGGAAGUACAACCUGAUAAGGUCAAAGGUCAGGAACAAGAAGCAGUUGGUGAACAAGAGGAGACACAAGAGAAAAGUGGUGCUGAAAAGCAAGAAAAAACUUUCCUUACAGAAGUUUCUGCUGUCACAAACAAAAGUCGUGUAACCAUAGUAACACCCACAAGAGAAGACACACGACAAGAAUUUCCAAAUAGUUUAAAUCAGAGGUCCAAUAAUGCAUUUUUAAGAGAUGUUGAAGAAGAAAACCGAGAUGUUGUAUUGGAGUACUGGCAAUCAGAACAUCACAGAUUUGAGUACGGUGAACAUUAUGAUGUUAUGUUACAGUUAGAUCCUCUGUCGUAUCAUCAGAUGCCUCUAGCUGUACCUGGUAGUUUCCUACAAAAAUAUGAGAAAGAAUUUGAAGGUCUUCCAUGGAGAAAGUUGGAAAAACAUGAAAUCGAUGUUUCAACUGUUUACAAAGGAGAUUUAGAUAAGUUGGCUAAGAGAGUAUACAGAAUGUAUGACAAAGUGUACCAGGCUACAAUGUUAUCUGUCAAACCAACUAAGGUAGAACAUGAGAGGACCAGAUCACAGUCACUCAUCUUUCAAAGCAGAGAAAUGAUGAGCAAAGAGAGUACAAUGGUGGGUUCAACAAGGAUGCAGACAGCUGCCACCAGUUGUUUACCAAGUGAGAUAGCCAGAAUGAUGUCCGUUCAACCAGCCAUACCAAUUAAAAUGCCAAAGAGAUUAUUGAAUAACAGAAAAUCACCUCCAAUAGUGUACUAUCCUAAACCUAUACCUCCCCCAGAUGUUUUACCAUUGACUAGAACUACAAGAGGAAAGGAGUACCCUAGAUUGGUAGAGUCCUUCACAGAUCCUGAUCCUGUUAAGCGCAAACCUGCUAUUCGUGUCUGUGAUCAGGGUAAACUUGCACAGGAAACCAGAUUAACACUGUAUAAAGAGAAAGUGAAAGGCAGAAGGAAGGGACCCAGUACAACAGAGAAGAAAUUCAGACUUAUGUUACAACAGGAACAGAGUGUUGUCAGCACACCGAAAUCUGACAGAGCCAGAUCCAGACCAUUAGUGGUGAGAAUGGAUACCAAGAUGUCUCAAGAGGAAGAAAACAACGAGAUUGUUGAUGACAUUAGCAGUGAAGCAAGCAGCUGGAAUAAACUGAAGCCUAAAAGCCAGGAGUAUGCUGGUUUGAAGUGGGAAAGAGUAAAGACUAUCGUUCACAAUAAUCUGACAUCUAAAAGAACAGAUGAAAGAGUUGAUGCUACAAAGCAUCUAGGUUUACUGAGAUGUGGAGAUGCUACUGUGAUAUAUGCUUUGAAAGAAAGAAUGAAGUUAGACGAAGAACAGAGGGUUAGAUAUGAAGCUGCUAAAUCUCUUAUACUUGUGGGCUGGUGGGAAGAGGAAGUUAUACAAGUUAUACUGAAAUACCUGGUGAUAGGUAACACAGAGGUCAGACUAGACUUAAUCAGUACCAUGAUUGAUGGUAAAAAUGUCCAAUAUGUCAAUAAGUCAAUCAAUACAUUCCCAGAGCUUGUGAAAGUUCUAAGUCAUUUCUGCUGUAAUCCAGACCCAGAUGAUCAGAUUUCAUUUGAAGCUUCUGUUUUAUUGGGAAGACUCUGCGUGUCAGAUGAAAAUGCCAGAUUUAAACUGAAACAGUCAUUAGAGUUCAGCAAUGAUACACAUGUCAAAGCAAAGUCAUUGGAGAUUUUAGUGAAGCAGUUGAAUGUGACGGACAAUGAUAUAGUUCAGAGUACCCUAAAGAUGUUGAGUACAUCUUCUGUGUGGAAACAUCGCUGUCUGGCAGCAGAUCUUCUUAUAACAUUAGGCCAGAUUCAUGUUUUUGCUGAAACUAAAGAAGAAGAUGUAUACACUAUACUGGAAAGAAGGCUGUGGGAUGAUCCAACUGUUGACGUAAGAUUAUCAUCAGCCAAAGCUUUGGCAGCAUUGGGCAUGUUUUCAAAGGCUUGUGAGAAAACUGAAAAGAAUCUAGAAGAUCCAGAUGAAGAUACAAGGAGCCAAGCAGUAAUAUCUGUGGGUACGCUUGGAAUGAAAAAUGAGAGAAUUAUAAGAAUCCUGUUAGAAAUGUUAGAAUUAGAUUCCAGUGACUAUGUUAGAUUAAUGGUUGUGAGGACAUUUGUGACAUUAAAAUUAACUGACAAAAGAGUUAUGAGAGCUUUAAGAGAAAGAGAAAGGGCCGAAGGACCAUUGUCAAGAGAAUCAAAGAAAGCAAUAAAAGCACUAGAGUCCUUAGUAUCGUUAGGCAGUCCAGUGCUAGGUAGAAAGUCAUACACACCAUCCAGAAGGGCUGGUAGUUCACAAGGACAAAGUAGACUUGUACAGAGUGUGGCAUAAAAUUUCAAUCUAUUUGUAAUGUUGAAAAUUGUACUUUUAAGAGCAUCAUGACUAAUAAUCAAUUCUUUUUAAGAGUAUCAUUAGUUAACAAUUCUUGACAACAAAUUUCUGUAAACCAAUAACUUAAAUAUUUAGAAAAGCUAUGGAUACAAAUAGGGAUAAUCUAUGCUGUCUUUUGCUAUCGGUGUCCACAUUGUCCCUUUAUAACAUUACGCUUAUCUGUAACUCUUUGUGAUGGGCUUGAAAGAUAUCAACCAAACUUGAGCAGAUUCUUCUGCAGGACACAGGGUUAUGCUCCUAUUAUUUUAAGCCAAUAUGAUGUUUGAACCAUUAGUAUGAGUUUUUUACAGCAUGUCAUCUUACAGUAUUGUUAACCAAAUAUCUUUUUAAAAUCUUAAUGUACUUAAAUUCUAAUAUACAAACUGAGGUAAAUGAAAACAUAUUUCUGUGAUAAAUAUUAUUUAUACAUGUGUUGAUAUGCUUUUAUGUAGAAGAUCUCAUCUUUCAAUGUUUACUGGCCAUUGUAAUCUUUAUUUCAGGAAAAAACGCUUAACUCUUUCUGUCAGUUGUUUAUGCAGAUUUUCAGUAUCUGCAUAGACAGUUAAUCCAAAUCUUGAACUGAUUCUUUUGUCAAUCUCCACAUUUUAAACUGUGUUUACCUUUGUUCAUCAAAUGUUUUAAUUGACUAGCCAUUUGAUAUACAAGACAGAGGAAAAAAUAUGAAUGAAGAAAAUUGGCAACAAGUAAAAAGAAUAGAUAACAUGUUAUUACUUGAAUGCAAAUUUUCUGGACCAAUAUUAUAAAAUUAAUUGUGACUGUGGUAUUUAUAUCAAUUCAUUCGAUUUUCAUCAGGAACAAAGAUGACAUUUUUUGCUGAAAGUUGAAAAAGAUGAGACUUUUAAAAUUGUUUAAGAUGAAUUUAUAUUUUUACAAAGCUUUUGCUGUGAUAUUUGUGGUCAGUGCAUUUAAAUAUUUUAUAUGUUUAUGUAAUGAAUAAUUUGUAUGUAAAAUAAUAAAAGAAACAAAGAAAAGAA